AUGGAGUUCUUGGCAGCAUUCCCUGAUGCAGAUUUCGAUUUGAGCAGAUACAUGUCAAUGGAGAGUUAUCACGAUCAGGAAGAAAACAUGAUGGCCAUGGUGGCUGCCGCCGGCGGCGAAGUUAAUCACCAGAGCCUUCUUUGCUCGUUUGUGCCGGUGGAGAUGAUGAACUAUAGCACCACCACAACUACGACUAACAGUAGUAGCAACGACUGCAGCGGCAACAACAGUCCGUUGUUUGAUCCCGCAGCUCAUUUCACCGGCCAGGACAUUUCCUACUAUGCUCCUUCAACAAAUUUUUUCAACGCUGAGGAGGCAGCUAAUAAUUACAAUAUUAUCCCUAUGUCUAUGAGCAAUAAUAAUGGCACUUUCCCGUUCGAGGCUCCAGCCCUCGUUCCUUCCAUGCUCAAGAGGAAGCUCGACGACGGCCUGGAAUCACAAGUCCCCACUGAUAGCCCUUCCGACAAGAAACGACCUCGUGUGAUCACCAAAGAUUCCAAAAGCAAGAGGAAUAAUCAAAGAUCGUGCGGCGGUAGCCCUAAUCACGAGGAGGAAAUCACAAGCAACAACAACAACAAUGUGGCUUACAAUUGUGGACGUGGCGGGCAAAGCUCGAGCAGUUGUAAUUCGGAGGAGGAGGUCAUGAAUGGUUCCCAGGAGUACUCAAACAACAACGGAGACUCCAAAUUGGUUGCUAAAGAGAAGUCAUCAAGAGCCAGCCGGGGAUCGGCCACGGACCCUCAGAGCCUCUACGCUAGAAAGAGGAGAGAGAGGAUUAACGAGCGGCUGAGGAUACUGCAGACUUUGGUGCCCAACGGGACGAAAGUUGAUAUCAGCACAAUGCUUGAAGAGGCGGUGCAUUAUGUCAAGUUCCUGCAGCUCCAGAUCAAGCUAUUGAGCUCGGAUGAUCUGUGGAUGUACGCACCGAUUGCUUACAAUGGAGUCGACGUUGGCCUCAACCAGAAGCUCUCUACGCUUCUAUGA